AUGACUUCCCUCUCGCGCGAUAUCAAAGACGCCCAGCACCCGCACGUAAUGUCCCCUCCCUUCUCGAUAGCAAACCAAGAAUCGCUUGGGAGCGCUACACCACUCGCAGUGCCUGAUCGCCCGUUCGAGGUCCCUUCUGCUGCUCACCCUUCGACGUGGCCUAUAGAAUACUUUAUCAACUGGGACCUCGCUGGUCCAGAUGAGUCUGAUGACCUUCUCGCCGACAAUGACUCGCUCGUCGCCACCAACGACUCGAUUUCUACUGUCCAGCAAGACUGGCAAUCCAAGCCGUCUGCCAAUGCACUGGUUCUAACCCCUGUUCGGCCCGUGAAAUUCGACGCUUGGUUCAUAUACAGUCCCCGCGAACACUAUGCUCAGAUGCAACAGUCUCAUCAUUUCUCCACUACUCCCCCUCUGUUAUUUGCGCAACAACCUACAUCACCUACACUCCGCCAUACUUGUCGUCAAACUCGUGUCGUUAGCCAACUUCCACCUGUCAUCACAGAGAAGGAGAAUCUUGGUUCAGCCUUUAUGCAAGCUUCUUCUGCUGUGGCAUCUCCGUCUCCAUCUGCACCUUCUACUCGUCGCUCCACACGUAUCGAUCGCAGGCAAACAGACACUGAUUGCGUAAAGGGGACAGACUCUCGUCAGCGCCGAGCCAAAGCCCACAAGAAAGCAAGUUCCAUUAAAAUGCGCAAUGACACUCGCAAGAAGAGAACCCUGCAAAUGGCUGAUACCACAAUCGAUCCACCACAGGUUAGUCUAUUCGACUGCUUUGCGUGA